AUGAUCCGUGACGAGAGCGGUGGGCGCAACACAGGUUGUUUCUGGUCGAAGCGCGCCAACGCGCGACGGAGCCACCCCGCGUUUCACUGGUCCAAGAAUCUGCGGUCGUCGCGGCAUACAGCAGAGUUCAUCAAAGAGCACAACUUCCGACUCUCAUCCGUCUUUGCACUCUUUUGGAACCUCCUUAAGUCGCAUCUUCCUGAUGAGGUGCUGGGGCCUUUCGAGGCUUAUCUGGUCGAGAAUCAGAUGUGCCGGAUGGAUGGCGACGGGGAGAAGGCUCAGAAGGCUCGAGGCAUCUAUAUGGCAGAAUGGGGUAGUGAGUGCGUCGAGUUCGACAACGCCGAACUGGCACCGCCUUCAGGUGUCGCCGGUUGCAACUACGCUCGGGCGAUUCACCGGGAGAAGCAAGGCCAGAAGUGGGCUUUCUCGUGGACGACUUCGCGCCGCGAAGGCAUGGCUGGAGGUAGCUUCUACCAGGCGAUCUACGGUGUCAAGGUCCUGCAAGCACCUAACACCAUGAUCGCAUGGAUGCCUGAGCACGAUCACGGUACGAGCCUACUCGAUUGGAGUCCCGAUAAGAAGGACGAUGUUCCCCCGUUCGCCCAAGCUGGCAUUGCGCUGGUGACGAGCACCCGGCUCGCCAGUACCUGGAAGAAGUACCUCGCUGGGCGCAACUUCGCAGAGGCAGAGGCAGAGUGGGUUGCGAGUAUGGAGGCUGAUGUUGAGGAGAAGUGUGGCGACGAGUUAUGUACCUUUUGCCUCGAAGAUGGUUAUGAAUGUAACGACGAUUUGUGCCCGAUCUGCAUCCUUUAG